GCUGGCAUCCGGCGGGCGGCAUCGGCGGCGCCAAGAGGGCUGCGGGAGGACCGGACAAAGGUCCGCGGGGAUCCUGGCCGAUCUCCGAGGGUCCCCAACGGCGAGUCCCCAGCGUGUGCACCCUGCGCCUCUUCCUCAUUGCUCCACAUCUUUGCGAGCUGAGAGAGCCCAGCCGCAAGCGGAGCCUAGGGCCCUGGAGACUCCUGGGGGCCGUCGCCGGUGGUGUCAGAGCGACCCCCAGCCCGAGCGCGAGGCCCUGUCGGCGCCGCCUUUCCUAGGCAGUUAGAUGUCUGCAGCGCCGGGAAGGAAACGUGGUACCCGUUGUCUUUUCAGACCGCCGGGCCGCAUUGCACUGAGGUGUCAUAGGGUCGGUUAUGAUCUGAUCUUUUUCUCCGAUUUAGAAUUUACUUUUGUCAGUUUGGAAACGCUGGUGGCUUAGUGGUUAAGUGUUAUGGCUGCUAACCAUAAGGUCGGCCGUUCAAAUCCACCGGGCGCUCCUUGGAAACCAUGGGGCAGUUCUCCUCUGUCCUAUAGAGUCGCUAUGAGUCGGAAUCGACUUGAUGGCAACGGGUUUGGGUUGUUUUUUUUUUGGGGGGGGGGAGUAUCGCCACGAAAUUGUCACGGCUGAGUUGUAAACCUGUAAUGCAUGUACAAAGAGGGUGUUAUUACCAUAACAGUUUAAUUGCUGUUUUAGUUAAAGUACAAUUUAAUUACAAGCGGUUUGGAUACAUUUCUUAGAGCAUUGCAGAGCAGAGCAUUUUGGCAAAUGCAGCUUUUCCCGAAAAACUUUUUUCUGAGUUCUUAACCGUCUCACCCUGUUAAAUUUGAAGGAAACAUGUUUUGGAUUGCUUUCUUCUCUGUGUAUUACUUAAGUACUGAGAGGGGGCAGGAGUAGGACUUCAUCUUUCUCUGGUUUUCGAUCUGGGGAAGCCCUUCCAGAAGUGGCAAGCUGGAGACCCCGCCGCGGGCAGCGGGCAGCGGGCGCAGCAGGUCAGAGGCGGGAGGUUUGAUGGGGCCCCCAGAGUAUUCCCAUCCCGACUCCAGUUGAGAGCACUGCACAGGUAGUGUGUGUGCAGCCAGGGGUGUUGGUGCCGUGCUGUUUUUAGUAGCUCACAGAAUAACAUCAGCAUUAUCCAGAAUGUUCCUCUUCCUGGCACUCUCCCCCUCCCCCAACCCGUUAUUUCUAAAAGCGGAGCAAACAGGUGUCUUGCUGGGCAAUCACCUGGCAGCAUCCCGGGACUCCAAGCUUACCCUAACCGGCAUUACUGCAUUCCCUUUGGUUGGCUUUAAUUAUCAGGUGAUUCAUUUGAAGAAUGAGCUCCGGAUCACUAUGGUACUGACAGUCCGCAGAAGCCCAAGGCCACCUUCGUUUACACCCAGUUGCGUCCUCCCUUCAGCGCUUUUUUUCUGUUGGCACUUGGAGGGCCAGGCACUUGGAGGGUACUGCCAGGAGAGACGCGUGUUUGUAGGUGGUUGGCCUUCCUGUGGUGUCGUGAGAGCUUCGCGGUGGCUCCCAUUGCCUGCUGUGAGGACAGCAGCAGCAGCUGGCACUGGUGGACUGGAGGCUCGAACGGCCCUCCUUUUUUGUGUUCACCAAGUUUUAAAUCGACUUUCAACAGUGUGGUCAGAGAAAGGCCCUUCCGUUUUAAUUGGAGAAACAGACGAUAAGCACAUGGCUGUGAAACACAGAGGGACCCUCUAUCCCCACCCACUACACUCCACCCACCCUCACCUUACCCCACACCCUUACCGUCACCAUAAACUUCACCCCAACCCCUACUCCUACCCCCAAGCCCCACCCCAUUCCCACACUCACCCACACCCUACCCCACCCAACUCUACCCCAUCUGACACCCCUACCCUCGCCCUGUCACCCCACCCACCCCCAUUGCCAACCACAGCAGCUGUGGAAGGCUGGAGAAGGCCAGUUAUGACGAGUAUUUGUGUGUUCUACCCCAGGCGGGUCCUGCCAGGCACCUAAACCCUUGUUGACUGACCUAGCACAGUUAACAUCAGCCCACAUAUGUUACUUAUUUAAAAUCACAGUGACCAAAGGCAUCCUUCCUUCAGUGAGACCCGUUCUUCUAAGGAAAAAUCAGAGUUGUAAAAGAGCAUAUACAAUUUAAAGUGUAAAUUCUCACCAAAUUUUUCAUUGCUUUGUAGAAUUUUUGUUUUUUUUUUUUUUUACCCAAUUAGUGUUUUGGCUUCAAUAAGAUUUUCAAAAUAGAAAAUGGAUUGCAUUUCUUUAGUCAGUUAAUUUUCAAGAUACUGUUUACCCGAAGUGAGGUGCACAGUCGGUUGGUUUUGACAAUUGCAAACACCUGUGCAGCCCAUAUGCCUCUUGUGACAGAGAACAUUUCUGUCAUCUCAGAAGGUUCUCGCAAGCCUCGCCAUCCCAUGCCCCAAGCAAGCGCUCCUUGAUUUCUCCUACCUUCCUUCAUCCUCAUGGAGUCAUAGUGCGUACUCUGUUUCCAGCACCACAGUCAGCAAACUCAGUAAGAUUCCUCAUGUUGAGUGGGGACACCCACUGUGUGCUUCUCCCUCCUGUUGAUGGCCCCUGCGUGAGUUCCUGUUACUUGGCACGUGUAAAUCAAGAUGCUGUGUACCUUCUUGUGCACGUUUUCUGUGGAUAUAUUGUCCAGGCAUGGGCCCGUGACUUGAAAUUUGCCUCCAGAAUUGGAGGGUGCUGACUAAACUCAUACUAUCAAUAAUUACGGUGAAUGUAAAUGGACUAAAUGCACUAAUAAGGAGACAGAGAGUGGCAGAAUGGAUUGAAAAAUUGGAGAGUGCUGAGAGACCAAAGGAAGAGGCGGGUAGCUCCAGUGUAGUGGCGAAGGAGUCUUUAUUAGGGAGAUUUACAUACUGAGGCAGUGGUCCCCGGUGGCAGGAGGACCAGGGCAGAUCUCUGCACCCAGCAGUAGGGUCAAGGACAAAGGUGGCUCUGAGCGAGAGAGUUGUGUAAGACUGCCUCAGCAAGGUCACAUGACAGAGGCUUGGAAAACAGAAGUGAACUAAUGGAAAGCGUGAGGGCAGCCAUAUUCAGCCUCACAAAGCCUGUUUUCAUUUCUUUUGGGAAAAUUAAAUACCCAGGAGUGAAACUCCUGUGUCACAGGGAGUGCAAAUUCCAAGUGUUUGGUGACUUUGCUAACACACAAGGUCAAGGCCUCUCCACUUCAGCCAUUCUAAUGGGUAGAAAUGGUAUGACUUCUUCCUUUCUAAUCCUUGUGGGUUUCAUUUUGUUUUCUUGCCUUAUUACACUGGCUAGAACCUACAGGACAGUGUUGAGUAGAAGUGGUAAGAGUGGACAUCUUCCACUUUCUCCCAACCUUAGGGGGAAAUGUUCCGUAUUUCACUGUUAAGCAUGAUGUUCCAAAAACCAAACCUAUUGCUGUCGAGUUGAUUCCGACUCAUAGUGACCCUAUAGGGAUCCUAUAGAACAAGAAUAGAACUGCCCCAUAGAGUUUCCAAGGUGCACCUGGCGGAUUUGAACUGCUGAUCUUUUGGUUACCGCCACACCACCACGGUUUCCAAGCAUGAUGUUAGCUAUAGGUUUUUUGUAGAUGUCCUUUGUCAGGUUGAGGGUGUUUCCUUCUGUGCUUCAUCUGAUGAGAGUUUUUUGUUGUUUUUUAAUCAUCAACGAGCCUUAAAUUUUAUCAAAUGCUUUACCUGUUGUCUAUUGAAAUGAGCAUAUGAUUUUUCUCCUUUAAUCUGUUAUGGCGGCAGGUUCCAGUGAUUGAUUUUUGCAUGUUAAACCAAUAUUGCAUUCUUGGGAUAAACCCAUUUGGUAUGCAGUAUCAUCCUUUUCAUAUAUUACUAUAGUUGAUUUGCUAUGAUUUUCUUAAGGGUUUUUACAUCUAUGUUCAUGAGGGAUAUUAGUAUUUUCUAAUAUCUGUGCUUUUUUUUGCUUGUAAUGCCCUUGUCUGGAUUGCUAUCAGAGUUAUACUGGCAUAUCAUUGGGUCUUGCUUGCUGGCCUUACAAAAUGAGUUGGAACAUGUUCCUGCCUCCUCUAUUUUCGGAAAGACUUUGUGUAAUAUUGGUAUUACUUCUUCCUUAAAUGUUUGAUAGAAUUCAUCAGUGAAGCUAUCUGGACUUGUUUCCUUUAUAGGACUUUUUAAAAUUGUGAAUUCAAGGUCUUUAAUGAAUGUAGGAUAGUUCACAUUUUUUGCUACAUCUUGUGUCCUUUUUGGUAAUCUUUGUCUUUCAAUAAAUUUGUCCAUUUCAUCUGGUUGUUGAAUUUAUUGGCAGAAAGUUGUUUAUAAUAUUGGCUGAUUGCCGUUUCAUGAUUGUAGAAUUUAUAGUCGUGUUCCCUCUUUGGAAACCCUGGUGGCAUAGUGGUUAAAUGCUAUGGCUGCUAACCAAGAGGUUGGCAGUUCGAAUCCGCCAGGCGCUCCCUGGAAACUGUGGGACAGUUGUCCUUUGUCCUAUAAAGUCGCUAUGAGUCAGAGUCGACUCAACGGCAGUGGUUUUAGUGGGUUCCCUCUUUCAUUUCUGAUAUUGGUAAUUUGUGUUGGCAUUUUUUUUCUUGAUUAUUCUUGCUAAAGGUUUAUCAAUUUUUUUCACAGAGCCAGCUUUUGACUGUGUUUGUCGUCUCUACUAUUUGUUCAUUUCAUUCACUUCCACUCUUCUGUUAUUUCCUUUCAUCUGCUGAAGUUGUGUUUAAUUUGCUCAUCAUUUUCUGUCUUCUUAAGAUGGAAGCAUAGAACGUUGAUUUUAUAUUUUUCUUCUUUUCUAAUAUAGGCAUUUAAAGCUACAGAUUUCCUUCCAAGCAUCGCUUUAGCUUCUUGCACAAAGUUUGAUAUGUUGUAUUUUCAGUCUUUCUGUUAAAAAUAUUAUAAAAUUUACCUUGUGAUGUUUGUUGACUGAUGGGUUAUUUGUCUGCUUAAGUUCUAAAUACCGUAUUUUUACACAAAUAACAUGCACCUUCUAUGUUUGUUUGCCCACUUUGCCCUUCCCCCACGUGGUAUUUUCGUAAGUGCUGUUAUGCCAACUUUUUUUGUACAUGUUGCUGUUAAAAAAAAACUAGCAUACUGCACUUACAAAAAUACCUUGCGGGGGUGGGGUGCAGUUAGCAAGCAAACGUAGAAGACAAGCUUUAUUUGCAUAAAAAUAUGGUAUUUGGAGAUUUUCUAAACAUCUUAUUGAUUGCUAAUAUAAUACCAUUGUAGUCAGAGAAUAUACUCUGUAUGAUUUUCCACCUUUGAAAUUUAUUGACACUUGUUUUGUGGCCUGGCAUACAGUCUAUCUUGGUGAAUAAUCUAUUUGCACUUGAGAAGAAUGUAUAUUUUCCUUUCCUUGGGCGAAAUGUUAUAUAAAUAUCAGUUAGGUCUAGUUGGCCGAUAAUAUUGCCCAAAUCUUAUAUAGCCUUACUGAUUUCCUUAAGGAUAAGACUUUAUUUAUCAGUUAUUAAAAGAGAAGUAUUAAAGUGGAUUUGUCCUCUUCCUCUUAGUUUUGUCAACUUCUACUUCAUGUAUUUGGAAGCUCUUAUUAAGUACAGACAUACUUAAGGUUGGUUUAUCUUCUUGAUGAAUUGACCCUUUUUAUCAUUGUGAAAGGCCCUUCUUUUAUCUGUGGUAAUACUCUUCUUGGAGGAGCCCUGGUGGUGCAAUGGUUAAGUGCUUGGCUGCUAACUGAAAGGUCAGCAGUUCAAACCCACCAGCCGGUCCGUGGCAGAAAGAUGUGGCAGUCUGCUUCUGUAAAGAUUUCAGCCUUGGAAACCCUAUGGGGCAGUUCUACCCUGUCCUAUAGGAUCGCAGUGAGUUCAGAAUUGACUCACCGGUGGUAGGUUUGUCUUUUUUUGGAAUGCUCUUCUUGAUGUCUAUUCUGUCUGAUAUCAACAUAUGCACACAAGCUUUCUUAUAUGCAGUAUUUGUAUAGGCUGUCUUGUCCCAUCCUAUACUUUCAAUAUGUCUGUAUCAUUAUGUUUAAAGUUUGUUUCUUUUAAAGAGCGUAUCAUUAUGUCUUGCUUUUUAUCCAAUCUGAUAAUCUCUACUUUUUAAUUGGAGUAUUUAAACCAUGUAUAUUUAAUGAAGUUAUUAGAGUGUUUGGGUUUAAGUCUGCCAUCUUGAUGUUUUGUUUCUAUUCUUUUCAUCUUUUUGUCUCUCUGCUCCUUUCCUCCCUUUUUUUAAGUAAAUCAAGUAUUUUUAUUCCAUUUUAUCUCCUCUAUUGACCUUUUUAGUUCUGCCUCUUUGCACCGUCUUCUAAGUGGUGCAGAGAUUAAAUAUGCAUGGUAAUUUAUCACAGUCUUCUUUAAAAAAAUUCUCAUUCUUCACAAACCAUAUAAGAACCUUAUAACAGUAGACUUCCAAUUACUACCUCCUACUCUUAGUGCUCUUGUUGUCAUGUAUCUUACUUCUAUAUAUGCUAUAAGAUUCUACAGUACUGUGUUAUUAUUUCUACUUUAGUUAAUAGUCUUUUAACAGUAUUUAAGGUGUAUUAUAUUUGUUUUUUUAAAUCUUAAAUGCCUUGUUAAAUUGAGAAUUUCCAUAGAAUUGCACCAUGCUUGCCCAGAUAUGCUGAGUGUAUUAGUCGUACCUUGUAAAACAAGCAGUAUUUACCAGCUGUAGGUGAAAAACCCUCAGAAACCAGUUGGGUGUGGUGGGUAAGUACAAGCUCUAGAGCCAGAGGACCUGGGCCUAGCCCUCAACCUACGUACAAGCUGUGCAAUCUUGUGCAAAUCCAUUUCCUCAUCUUUAAAAUGGAUGAGCAUAGCCAUUCUUGGGAGAGUAAAAUGAGUUAUAUAUGUAAAUCACAUAGAAUAGUGCUUGGCACAUGGUAAGUGCUACAUGUGUGUAAGUUCUUGCUGUUGUUAGGUAAUGAGCAAGUUCAGAACCCUUGGAGAGUCUAGGAUCUACAGAAAAAAAGACUUUUUGAUCCGUCACAAACAAACAUGAUCAUGAGUGCCCAACCUUAGGCUUACACACAUGAUGUAUAAUAAACCUUCAAGGCUAGAAAAUUCUGUUUUGUAAGAGAAUGAACCCCAGAGGAUUAUUUAUUAUUUUGACAAUUCUUUGGGGAAUGCUUUAAAGAUCAAAGAGACUAUGAAAAUGAUGUUAAAUAUAGCUUAUUAUCUUAAAUUUAUCUUUUUGCUACUAGACUCACAUUCUGAACCAAGAAGAAUGUUUUAGCUUGCAUUCUCAGUCUGUUUCCCAGAGGCCAACCCAAAGACCAACACAGUCUGUCUUUAUUUGUAAGUUAAUUAUCUGAUUCCUGCCCAGUGAAGAUUAGACUUUAUGGAGGCAUAUGUAGUCUCUCAAGUACCCUGUUGAAAGACUUGUUGCUGAUCAGGGUGCAGGACUUGGGAAAUUCAUUCCACCAUUUGGAAACUAAACUUGCUUUUGGUUCUGGAUACAAGAAGCCAUAUAGUAGAGUUCUGCUUCUUAUAUGGAAGAAUAAACUCCUAGCAAAAUAGCUCUCCCAUGGAUAGUAAUUAUAAACUCUGGACAAGAUAAAAACAGCUACCUGAGGGCUCUGAAGAACGAACAAAAGCAGGCAUUUUGGAGGGCAGUUAAAACCAGCGCAGAAUGAGUUUCCUCUUUUUUCAUCUCUGCCCUGACUGCAGCCACAGCCACUACAACAGUGGCAUAGGGUGACUAAAACUCUGACAGGAAGUCAGUCCACUCUCUUCCUUGUUAGAGGAACCAGGGGAAAGAGCCCAGAGCAACUAUAACUGCCAAAGAGCAGUAAGAGGAGAAAUCACAGAAAGAGAGCCAGAGAAGAGGAACUCUCUGUAUAAAUUCUGUUCAAACUUCUGACCAACCCCCGAACCAUGUGUGCUGAAGGCAGUCUGAACUGAGAUCUGAGCCACCACUCAUCACAGGUUUGGCCGAGUUUGCAGUUUGAAUCUAAUGCAGUUAAUUUCCUGCUAAAGCAAAACUUUUAACUCUCUUCAGAGGAAUGUAGCAGAAUCAGAAUCUCCACAACAUGUAAUUCCAGUUGUACAGGAUACAAUCCUGAAUCAUUCAAUAUAUGAAGAGUCAGGAUAAUACAACCCAUUCUCAAGGGCAAAGAUAACCCAUAGAUAACAAUUCUGUGAUGACCUAGGUGUUAGAAUAAUCAAACAAGCACUUAAAAGCAGGUUUAAUAAUUUUGGUCAGUUAAGUAAAGAAAGAUACACACAUCAUGAACAAAAAUAUAGAAAAUCUCAGCAGAGAAAUAGAAAAUAUGAAAAAGAUCUAAAUGGAAAUUUUAGAACUGAAAAUUACAAGAUCAGAUAUAAAAAUUUCACUGAAUGGGCAUAAUAGAAUGGAGAUAACAGAGGAGAUAGUGACUUUGAAGAAGGACCAAUAGAAAGCAUUCAAUGUGAAGAAAAACGGGGAACUCAUGAUUAAAAACAAAAACCUGAAUAGAGCCUAAGGGACCUCUUAGAAAAUAUCAAAAUAUCUAACAUUCAGGAAAUUAGAAUCCCAGAAGGAGGGGACAGACACAGUGGGGCACAAGAAAAGUUUGAAGAAAUAAUGACCAAAAACUGUCCAAAGUUGGUGAAAAACAUAAAUUUACGGAUUGAAGAAGUUCAGUGAACUCUAAACAGGAUACAUAUGAAUAAAACCACACAUAGAUACGUCAUCUUCAAACUACUGAAAGUUAAAGAUUUAAUUUUUUUUUUAAUCUUGAAAGCAUCCAGAGAAAAACGACAGAUUAUAUCAUACAAGGGACUAGUGUUUCAAAUGAUAUAUCGUCCAAAAUUAUGGAGGCCAAAAGAAAGUGAGACUGUGUCCUUAAUGUGCUGAAAGAAAAAACUGUCAUCACAGAGCUCUAAACAGCUAAAAUAGCCUUCAGGGAUGAACAUUACAUAAAGAUAUUUUCAAAAAAAGGAAAACUAAAAAAUUGGUUGCCAUCAAAUGUGUACUACAAGAAAUGCUAGAGGAAGUUUUUUCAGCUGAGGGUAAAUGAUACCAGAUUGAAACACAGAUCUUCAGAAAUGAAUAAAGAGCAUUAAAAAAAUGACACUGUGUCGGGACAUGGCACUCCCUCAUGUCAUCCUGCUGGCGGGAGUCCUGGUGGAAGUCACUGGCACAUCCACAGAAAGUACGGUCCAGCAGCCCGAGUGUUGUGUGGAGGUGGCAGAUGCCAAUGCCACCUGUCCUGGCACAGGCCUGUGUGGUCCAGGCUGCUACCGGCACAGGGCUGAGGAUGGGAGCUUCAGCUGCCUCCAAUGCCACAACGCCACCUUCCCGGCCACCACCACCAACAGCUCCAAGUGCAGAAGCCUUUCUGGCUGGGGUGGCCCCUUGCCCAUGAACAGGAGCACAGGGACACCUGGGCUGCCGGGUUCCGGGAGCCCCUGGGUGGUUGCCUCGCUCUUCCUGGGGACACUCUUCAUCAGCUCUGGCCUCAUCCUCUCCGUGGCCAUGUUCUUCUACCUCAAGCGCACCAGUAAGCUCCCUGACAUCUGCUACGGAAGGAACAAAGGCUGUGAUGAUCCGCCCGCCACAGUCCUCAGUACGGAAGCCACGCUACGUGAGGCACGAGCGGCCCCCUGACAGGCCAGCUGGCACCUCAGCCAUCCCCUCGGUGGAGGCCCGAGUCAGCAGUGUCUAACGCGGGGGCCAAGCUGCAACUGGACCAGGACAAGCCCUGAGGCCUGGGAAGUCCCGGACUGCACCCUGUGCCCUGUGCACAGAGCUGGCACAGCCAGCCAGGCCCAGGCCUCUUGUACCUCUCAGCAGCAGGUGCCACGAGGGAAACCAGUUGUGCCCAACUCCCCAGAGUCCAUCUUUCCCAUCCACUGCUUGUUUGGAAUGACCAGGAGUAGGCAUCGCUAUGAUGGGGGAGAUUUCAGCCCGGAGGCUGGAGAAAGGCCAUCUGGGCAGCAGGCGUGUGAGCCCCUGGGGAAAAGAGUCAGAGGGACACAGGCCAGCAAUGUCCAGGGCCGUCCAGCAGGGGGCAGCUCCGAGCCAGGCCGGCAGGGCUGGAGGUGGUGGGCAGGCCCUCCCUCCCCCUACACUGUCCCUCCUUUCACCCUAGCCACCAGACCUGAGGGGCCAACUGUUCCAUGCCCGGGUGCCUCGUUUGUGCCCCAAGGGGCAUGAGCCCCCAUCCCAACCUCGCGCUGAGGAGCAAGGCCCCAGCCUUGCCAGCCCUGGCCGCCAGAGAGGGAUGGGGCCCAGGAGACAGUUAGAUGCUGCAUCACCGAGAAUCGGUGUGAUGCUUCCUCUGCCCUCCAGGAGACAUGCGUUUUAUAGAAACGUCUUACCGCGAGGUGUGUUGUAUUCCCUCCCUCUGCUCCCUUCUCACUGGCCUGGGGCAUCUGCCUAGGAGGACAAGGGCAGGUACAGUGUCCGACCUCGGCAACCCCAUGCCUGAAAUCCCAUGGCCAUGUUUGCCAUGUCCACCAUGUGGACUGCGGCUGGUUUCUUGGAGUCUCCCUGGGCAGAGUGAUAGGCGCCUCCUAAGAAAGGCAGCAUGGGGCUGGCCUCUGAGGCCUGCGAUGGCUGGCAGUACUCAUCCAGGUGGACCUCAUCCUUGUGGUGAGUCCCUGUCCUGCUGGGGAAUCCCCCAAGGCCUUGGGGGGCUACAAACAGCUUGCCAGGCUCUGCUGGAAAAGCCUGAUCUCUGGGGGCCUGGGGUUCCCUGAUCACCUCAAAGCCAGCACUUUGGGUCUGGGGACAUUUGGUGUCCCCCAGCAUCGGAGUCCUCUGCACUGUGACACCCAUCUAGAGAGUUUUAUUUUUAUACUGUCUGCUUUGAUACAUGCUUGUUUCCCAAGACUCAAACCGUGGGUUGUCCAGGUGCAGAGAAUGGGCAUUGUCGUUUUAAAACUGGUGUCAAAACUA